GGGGACCGGGGGAGACGGGCGGGUCGCGACAGCGGGGGCAACUAGUGGCGCCGCCCCCACAGACACCAGCGCCUCCAUCGCCUCUUCAUCCACUAUGGACUCGGUGUUGGAAGAGGACGUCACCCUCCCGGGGACGCUCAGCGGCUGCAGUGGCCUUGUUCCCACUUUACCAGAUGACCUAGAGGGCGUCAGCCUCAAUGCAGGUUUGGGGAAUGGUGUGCUUCCAAAGGUGCCAGAAGAAAAGGUGUCUCCCACCAGAGCACGGAACAUGAAGGACUUUGAAAACCAAAUCACUGAAUUGAAGAAAGAAAACUUUAACCUAAAACUCCGCAUCUAUUUCCUCGAGGAAAGAAUGCAGCAGGAAUUUGAUGGCCCCACAGAGCACAUCUACAAAACUAACAUUGAGCUCAAGGUGGAAGUGGAAAGUCUGAAGCGGGAGCUCCAGGAGAGAGAGCGGCUGCUCAUCAAAGCCUCCAAAGCAGUGGAGAGCCUAGCAGAAGGGGGCGGCUCUGAAAUCCAGCAGGUGAAAGAAGAUGCUCGGAAGAAGCUGGAGCAGGUGGAAGAGCUCCUGACCAAGAAGAUGCUGCUUUUAGAGGAGGAUGUGAAAGCCGCCCAAGCAGAACUGGAAAAGACUUUAGCAGCGAAGGAAACCGAGAAGGCUCUGCGGCUGAGCCUGGAAAGCAAGCUCUCCGAGGUGAAGAGGAUGCACGAGGGGGAUUUGCAGAUGCCUCUGGUGCUGGAGGAGAAAGACAGACUGAUUGAGGAGUUGAAGCUGUCUUUGAAGAGCAAAGAAGCUUUAAUUCAGCGCCUUGAAGAGGAGAAGUCUCAGAUGGCAUCUCCUGAUGCGAACGUGGCACCUGGGGCACGCCGAGGGGAAGAGGAGGAGAGAGGAGCGGAGGUGGCACAAAAGGAGUGUCAGAAGGAGAGAAGUCCUUUUGAAGAGAAGAUCCAGGCACUUCAGGAGGACCUGAGAGAGAAAGAAAGAGAAAUUGCUACAGAGAAGAAAAAUAGUUUAAAGAGGGAUAAAGCCAUUCAGGGUCUAACCAUGGCAUUAAAAUCAAAGGAAAAAGAGGUUGAACAACUUAAUGCUGAAAUCAAAGAACUCAGUGCUGCCUUUGCUAAAGCCAGAGAGGCCCCACAGAAAGCACAGGCCCAGAAAUUACAGGAGUCUGAAGACUAUGAGGCUGCUCUGACCCAGAAAGAAGCCCUUUUGGCUGAGCUGCACUCAGAAAACCUGAGCAAGAGCACAGAGAACCACAGACUGCGUAGGGACAUGAAGAAGGUCAUGCAGGAGCUGAGCGGCUUGCAGCAGGAGAGGGAGAGGCUGGAGAGGGCCCUGGAGGAAGCCCGAGGAGAGAAGAGCAAGGGAGACCGCACCAUCCACGACCUUAGAAAUGAAGUUGAAAAAUUACUCAAUGAAGGGAAGGAGAGAGAGAGAGCAGUAGAGGAUCAUUACCAAGGUCUUCUGAGUGAGAGCAGUAAGAAGCUGCAGAGUCAGGAACAAGUGAUCAGGUGUCUGAUGGAGCGUGCCAAUCAGAAGGACCCGCUGCCCCAGCAAUUCAGUGAGAAUGAUCUGGGAGCAAUAGAGCAGAAGCAUGGGCCAGUGACUGCAGAAGAUCCCGAGUUCUGGGAUGAAGCCUUAGUAACAGAGAAGUGCUCUUCUGUCCAGGCACCAGGCAGCAGCUGCACUUUCUCCCAGGAAAAGCAACAGUCAGACUAUGAGGAGCUGAUUCAGGUCUUAAAGAAAGAGCAGGACAUCUAUGCCCAGCUGGUGAAGUCUCUGCAGGACGCAGACAGUAUCAGCAACUUGCAGGCUGAGUUAAACAGCAUUUCUGCCCUACGGAAGCAGCUGGAGCGGGAUGUGCUCUCAUAUCGGAAUUUGCAGAAGACCCUGGAGGAGAUGAUCAGCGAAAUUCGGAGGCGGGAAGAAGAACCAUUUUCAUUUUACAGUGACCAAACAUCUUAUCUCAGUAUUUGCCUUGAAGAGCACGGUCAGCUGCCAGUGGAGCAUUUUUCUCAAGAAGAACUGAAGAAAAAGGUCAGUGACCUUAUACAGCUAGUGAAGGAGUUGUACACAGACAACCAGCACCUGAAGAAAACUAUUUUUGAUCUUUCCUGCAUGGGCUUCCAGGGAAAUGGCAGACCUGACUCAACAGAACAAAGAGAGCUUCUCGCUAGCAAAGAAGAUGAGGACACGAUCAAAAUUGGAGAGAAUGCUGGGGAUAAUUUCCUGGGUGAGCAGCAUUUGGAGCCAAGUAAUGAGGUUCUGGAGGACUGUUCCAAAGGAGGCUGCAAAAAUGGAUACUUAAGGCACCCAGGUUCCGGUAUUUUAGACUACGAUGAGCCACAAAAACCUGGCAGCCCUGGAGACCGGAGUCUCGGAGAAGGCGAGCUCCUGAGCCUCCUGGCUCCGUUCUUCAGUGAGAAGGCCGUGUUGUUACUGGAAUCCAGGCCAGACCUUGUGAAGGUGCUGCGUGAGCUGCUUGGGGAGCGAAUACACUUGACAGAGCAGGAAGUUUCUGGAGAAUGCCUUGAUGGUAAAACUGAGAAGCCGAAGCUGACGGCCCUCCCGCUAAGAGGUGGCCUUGACCAUCUCAUCCAAGCUGACUCGUUCUCCACACCACAAGAUGAACUGAAGUCGUGCCAGGGGACCCAGCUGGCAGAGGCUGGUGAAGUGUCCAGGGUGGAGCUGAGACACGCCUCAGUGCAGACUCAGGCCACGGAGGACAGCCUUCCCGGGUGCACACAUGAAGGAGCAAGAGAGGCUUGGGAAGAGAAACCCACAGAUGCCGUGUUCAGUGCCAAGCCUCAAUCGGAGAAUUUGGGCAGGGUGCCAGGGCGGCAGGCCCCUACCCCUUCCUUCCCAACUGUGACCAACAAAGAUGCUAAGAAGUCCCGCUUGCCCAUCCUCCUAAAACCAUGCCAGUCAUUAGGAAGUGUUUAUCGCCUCCCUGCCACCCAGGAGAUGGUGGCUCAGCUGCAGAACCAGAUCCUGCAGCUGCAGGGGGAGCUGAAGGAGCUUCGAACUCACAAUAUGCAACUGCACCAACAGUUAAUUCUGGCUGAAGCAAUGACGGAGGGGAGGCCCACGCCCGACAAAACACUUCUGAAUGCUCAGCCCUUUGUGGGAGCGGCCUACCAGGACAGCCCAGGAGAGCAAAAUGGAGUUAAAGCCACACCUUCUGACCUGGGAGACAAGGACAUGGUGGACACUGAUCAGCAGACAAGCUAUGGGACCGACUCUGAAAUUUGCCUGCCUGAUGACCUCGCCAUCUUGCCAACAUGCAAAGAAAACCCUGAAGAUUUCCUGGGCCCUACAUCAGUGGCCGCCUACUUGAGUUCCAAGAGUCAGCUUUCUAUGAAAGGCAGUAGGAUUGGGACUGAUCAGUCUGAGAACAUCUAUGCCUCCAAUGACACAGAAUACUUAAAACAGAAAAUCUGUGACUUGGAAACGGAGCUGGAAGGCUACCGGAACUUCCUGUUUCAGCUUCAGAAGCACUCCCCAUGCAGUGAGGCCACCCUCACCAUUUUGUGUGGGACAGAAGGGGCCCAGGAUGGCCUGAACAAGCCCAAGGGCAGUACUGAUAAGGAGGACAUGACCUUUUCAAGUUUGCACCAGGUGCGCUACGUGAAACACAUGAAAAUCCUCCAUCCGCUGGCCCUGGAGAUGAUUGACGGCAGGAGGCUGGGCAGCCUCAAGCAGGAGCUGGUGGGACAGGAGUUUGAGCCGCAGAAGGAGCAGAAUCUGAACGUGGAACUUUUCAGUGAACUCCGCAAUUUGCAGAAUAAGUUCAGAGAUCUCUCCCCCUCAAGAUACGAUUCAUUAGUUCAGUCCCAAGCCAGGGAGCUGUCCCUUCAGCGGCAGCAGAUUAAGGAUAGCCAUGGCAUCUGUGUCAUUUACCGUCAACACAUGAACACCAUGAUUAAGGCGUUUGAGGAGUUGCUGCAGGCCAGCGACGUGGAUUGCUGCGUGGCCGAGGGUUUCCAAGAGCAGCUGAAUCAGUGUGCUGAGCUGCUGGAGGAUUUGGAAAAGCUCCUUCUCAACGGGAAAUCUGUUGGAGUGGAAAUGAGCCCGCAGAGUGACCUGGUGGAGAGGAUUGAGGAAGACAACUCAACCUACCAGCAUAUUCUGCCCGAGUCUCCAGAGCCGUCAGCCUCUCACCUGCUGUCUGAUUGUGAAGUGUCGGAAAAGUCCUUCUUCUCAGGAGACCCCAGGCAAGACAGUGAGACCGAGAAGACCUCGGUUAUGGCGAACAACUUUUCUCAAGACUUACUAAUGGAACAUAUACAGGAAAUUCGAACUUUGAGAAAACGUUUGGAAGAAUCUAUUAAGACAAACGAGAAGCUACGGAAACAGCUGGAACGGCAGGGGUCUGAAUUUGAGCAAGGCUCUACAAACGUUUUUGCUUAUGGUUCAGAGCUGCACAGUUCUCUGACAUCAGAGAUUCAUUUCCUAAGGAAGCAGAACCAGGCCCUCAAUACGAUGCUCCUGAAAGGGUCGAGAGAUAAACAGAAGGAGAAUGAGAAGUUACGAGAGUCCCUCUCCAGGAAGACGGCGGCCCUGGAGCACCUCGGGCAGGAGUACGCCGCCAUGAAGGGCGACAACGACAGGCUGCAGAGGGAGCUCGGCGAGAAAGAGACACACAACCGGCAGCUGAUCCAGGAGAUCUGCAGCAGCCGCAGCGAACUGAGCAGGGUGCAGGAGGAAGUGAAGUUGAGGCAGCAGCUGCUCUCGCAGAACGACAAGCUGCUGCAGUCCCUCCGGGUGGAGCUGAAGGUGUAUGAGAAGCUGGAGGAAGAGCACAGGAGACCGCCAGAGGCCAGGACAGAGGCAUCAGGGGAAGGUUGGAAGGGGCAGGAUGCUCACAGCGACCUGCACAGCCUCCUGAUGGAGAUCCAGGCUCUGCGGCAGCAACUGGAGAGGAGCAUCGAAACCAGCCACAGCCUACAGAGCAAGCUGGAGGAGCAGCUGGCACAGGGAGCCCAGAAGGCCCAGUCAGGAGCCCUCGCUGUGGCUGUGCGAGCCACGUCCAUGCCUGAGCGGCCCCUUCCACCAGACAGACUCGAUGGCGACAAAGGCCCCAUGGCAAACGGGAGCUCAUGUGACCUGCUUGAUUCCACCCGAGCAGUGACACCAGAGUCAGCUUCAGAAACUCCUCCACUGUCUGGGAAUGACAUGGACUCCCUCUCCUGUGACAAUAGCAGCUCAGCUGCCAGCACCCCCAGCAUGUCCUGCCCAGCUGUUGACCACUGCCCGUGGGCCAGCAAGAGCGGCUGCCAUGUCCUGGGCCUGAUUGAGGACUACGAAGCCUUGUGCAGGCAGAUCGAUCAGGGCCAGAGGCUGCUUGCUGAAAUGGACAUUCAAACCCGAGAGGCCCCCAGCCCCACGGGUCAGGAGCUGGGAACAAAGGAUCCACACUUGGUGCCUCUCAGCAAGUUUGUCACCAGCGUGAGCACAGCCAAGCUAAUCCUGGAGGAGGCCUCGAGGCUACUGAAGCUCCUCUGGAGAGUGUCCCUCCCCACAGGUGGCCAGUGCACCCUCCACUGCAAGCAGAUGGGAGAAAUGAAGGCCGAGAUCACCAAGCUGCACAAGAAGUUGAUUGAGCAAGAAAAGAAGUUGCAAAGCACUCUGAAGCUUCUGCAGCAGAGCAAGCACCAGGAAAAAGUGAUCUUUGAUCAGCUGGUCGUGACCCACAAAGUGCUGCGGAAGGCCAGAGGAAACCUGGAGCUCAGGCCGGGGGGAGCCCUCCCGGGAACGUCCGGCCCCAGCAGACCAGGCUCCUAGGGACGCGUUCAGCCACGAAUAAAGCCGUGCUUCUCACGGGGCUCAUGCCGUGUCUUUGUUCCGAGCGUGCUCCCCACUUCUGCAGGACAAAGGAAACGUGGUUUCUCCCUUAAUGCUUUUUCCGACCGGAACCUGGCCAGAGGGGUGUGGGCAGAAGGUUCCGGUGCCCCGUCCCGGGGCGUUCGGCCAGCCCGGAGCUCUCAGGUGCUGUGCUGGAGCUGGGCCAGGACCUGGAGCCGGGGCUGCACACUGCUGAGCUGCACGACCCCACCGGGACUCGGAGCUCAGCCAGCACUGUAGCCCGCAGAGCCUCAUUACGUCAUUCAUUCCGUUUCAGCUUGAGGAUUCCCUGACUUCGUGUGCAACCCCAAAGCUCAGGCCCCAAACCCCGAGGCGGGGCUGGCCAGGCUCCUGGGAGUUGCGGGGCCCCGCUCCUGCUCAGUGUGCGGCACUCGCAGUCAAGUCCUGGAUUCGCCCUCCCAGGUGGUGCCGGUCCCGAUUUGGUGUGGGGGGGUGCCCUGAGGCCCUGAGUGGGCACUUGCAUUUGCAUUGCUCCGAUGCUGGUCCUGACCUCCACACACAGCUGUCUGUGCCGCUGCUGGAGGCGCCUGCUUGCCGCAGCCCUGCCGGUGGCCUCCGUGUUAAUUACCCUUUACCUUUGCUCUGAGCUUCGCGAUCAUUCCUGAGAAGUAAACAGCCCCGCGCUGAGCCCUGUUUGCAGAUGAGAUACCCCCGAGAGGAGGUGACAGACGGGGACUCCCCAGCCGGACUUUGACAGACGCUGCACUGCCUGGCCCUGCCUCCCGCCUCAGCCGCGUGCCUGCUGCAGGUGCACAGAGCAGGCGCCAGCCGGGCAGAUGGGCCUCUGUCGGGGAGCGCCCUCCAGCCCUGUCACUGCCGCCACGCUGGCGACACGCCUUCAGCUGGCUUUCCUCGGAAGCCGCUCGUUCUCCCCUUGCCCUGCACCCCCAGCCUCCUCCCUGCCUGGCCCCGGUGCCUCUUCCCCUGCCCAUAGGCUCUGUUUCUAACCGGUUCUCUGGUCUUACUGCUGCCCACACCCAAAUCCCCCGUCCACCUGUGGCUGCCAACUGCUGAGCAGAAGCAGGCAUUGGAAACAGGGUGGUGGCUUCCCGCUUCCCCCCAAGCCCAGGCCCCCUGCCAGGUUUCCGAGGACCCCUGCUGGCGCCUCUGGGCCCUCCCUGGUCCUGCCUCCUUGUGCUCUGUGCUCCAGGCCACUGUCCCGGCCUGGGCCCCAGAUGCACCCUUUCUUUUCAACAUGCCUCCCGCACUUUCGUUUCCUGGGUCCUUAGCCGUAUUUCCCUGCUUUGGGAAGCCUCUCUGGCCCCUCCCCUCUACUCCUGUAGCCCCCAUGGCCCCUUGCUGGUGGUGGCUCCUGCCUGAGC